GGAGCAGCAGGGUGAGCGCUGUCCCCGUAGGAGCUGCGCGUCCUGUGUCCCUGCGCUGGACAAGUGGGGCUGGAGCUCGUGAAGUAGUGUCGGGACUGGGGGACCGAGGAGCGCGGCAGACGCUGGACCUUGGGCGUGAGCUCAGGUGCCCGAGGGCGACGCGGGAUCCACGGCGUGGGCGCAGGUGCCCGAGGGCAGUGCGGGACCCACCGCUGGCAGGUGCCCGGACCUCUCAAGUCCAGGGGCGCCCAUCUUUUCCGCAGCCCCGGACCUCGGCAGCCCCCGGGGGAUCACCUGUGGCCUCGCAUCUCAAAGAGGUGUCCAAAGACCCCGGCGGGCCGUCCCCGUGGUGAAAGAAAGUUGUGUGGCGGGCGCAGACUGCGCCUGGACUCCGCGUGCGGGAAACUUGGGCGCCGGCUGCUGGGGCUGCGGGUCCCAAGACCCGCGACACAGGCCACCAGGGCCAUGCGCGUGUCCGGGCGCCCGAUGCUCCUUGCGCUGCUGCUACUGCUGAGCACGGUGGGGGACCGGGGACGCGCACAGCCAAGGGGCCCUGCAGACCGGCAAACGCUGCUCAGGUUGCUAGUAGAGCUGGUCCAGGAGCUGAAGAAAUUUCACAUAGGAGACUCCAAGAGGCUGCAUCUCCUUGGCGAGUCCGAUUUUGCCCUGGGCCGCAGAGAGGCCACGGAUUAUGGGGCAGACCAAGAGGAGCAGAGAGUGGAGAUUGUUCCUCGAGAUCUAAGGAUGAAGGACAAGUUUCUGAAACAUCUCACAGGUCCUCUUUAUUUCAGUCCGAAGUGCAGCAAGCACUUUCACAGACUUUACCACAACACGAGAGACUGCACCAUCCCUGCAUACUAUAAAAGAUGUGCCAGGUUACUUACUCGGCUGGCUGUCAGUCCCAUGUGCAUGGAGAGAUAAGCUGCAAAGGAGCGACACACCAGGAACCUUGAAAAGUGCCUUGGAAACCAACAGAACAGAACCAUCUUCAUGCCCACUUCCUGUGGACAGAGAUUUAUUUUUGCACUCUUCCAUAAUUCCUUUGCAUUUUCUAUGUUGCUGACAGUUUACAAAUAUACAUUCAGCAAAUCAGUGUAUCUGUCAGUGAGAUUUGCCACUCUUAGAUUAUAAGAACAGACAACACUCCACAUUUGAUGUAUUGUUGUGUAAAAUGAGGUAUUUCCCUUUUAAGAUUAGGUGGAACCACAAGGAAUAUUUCUUUAGAAACAUAGGCAGAACAUUAAACUGUAUUUUCAUAGAGUAUAUAAUAUGAUUUGACAUUUUGUAUUCUACAAUUAAAAUCCCAAAGUAUAGUUUGGAACUGCAUGAAAAAUUUUAAUGAGAACCAAAAAACCUCAGUUGUGUUGAAGACAGUGGCAUAUGUAUCUGUGGAUAUGCCCAGGCCAGUCCCAUUUGUCCUCUGUAAAUGUAAAAGUACAUUCCAUGUAUUGUACAAUAUGUAAAUACUGUGAAUAAAUACAAGGAAAUAAAUGAAGUGUUUGGAAUAAUGAA